CAUGUACAGAUAAAUACCCCUUGAAGGCCUAUACACAGGUGGACGCGACCUAUCUUAUGCAGACUUUUGACACCCACUGGCAGGAAGAGAAGAGCUCAAGGGCUUCCUCUGUCUGCCUUGUCGAUAUAUUCUGAAUACAGAAGCAUCGUUGAGUUUAACUCUGACUUCGACGUGCUACGCAGUGUUAUUGUCAGCAGCCUCUGCCAGAAGAGUGGUGUUCACCUUGUGUAUCACUAGUCUAAUGUUGUCUUUGUCUUUGCCACGUCCUCCUGCUGAUUUUCUUCCAAGCAGAAAGAAACACUGAGAGUAGUUUAAAUAGAAAGAAGUGGAUCUUGCUGAAGAACGGAACAAGGAGAAGGGAGAGGUUGUCUUCUGCAUUUUGGGUCUGAAGGUACCCUCUUGCUUUCUCAGCAAAUCAUGGACAUCGUUGGCUUUCUGAAGUCUCAGUUCAUUUGCCACCUGCUGAUCUGCUACAUAUUUAUAGUGUCAGGACUGAUCAUUAACUUCAUUCAACUCUUUACACUUAUACUUUGGCCAAUCAACAAGCAACUGUUCAGGAGGAUCAACUGCAGGCUGGCUUACUGCAUUUCAAGCCAGAUGGUGAUGUUAUUGGAAUGGUGGUCAGGCACCGAUUGCACCCUCUACACUGAUCCAGAGAGUUACCACAAGUAUGGGAAGGAGAAUGCCAUUGUAAUUCUUAAUCACAAUUUCGAAAUUGACUUUCUCUGUGGUUGGAACUUCUGUGAAAGAUUCGGAGUCCUUGGGAGUUCCAAAGUGCUGGCGAAGAAGGAGCUCUCCUACAUGCCUAUCAUUGGCUGGAUGUGGUAUUUCCUAGAGAUAGUCUUCUGCAAGCGUAAGUGGGAGGAAGAUCGGAAAACAGUCAUGCAGAAGUUGCUGAAUCUCCGGGACUACCCAGAAAACUUUUGGUUCCUGAUUCAUUGUGAGGGUACAAGGUUCACAGAACAGAAGCACCAGAUUAGCAUGCAGGUGGCUGAAGCCAAAGGCCUGCCCAAGCUCAAAUAUCACCUUCUGCCACGAACGAAAGGAUUUGCUGUCACCGUGCAGUGUUUGAGAAAUGUAGUUUCAGCAGUCUAUGAUUCUACCCUCAACUUCAGAAAUAAUGAGAAUCCAACAUUGCUGGGCGUUCUAAAUGGAAAGAAGUAUCACGCAGAUUUAUAUGUAAGGCGGAUUCCAUUAGAGGAAGUCCCAGAAGAUGAGCAGGAGUGUUCUAAUUGGCUCCACAAACUCUACCAAGAAAAGGAUGCAUUCCAGGAAGAGUACUACCGAACAGGAACCUACCCGGCAGUCCCUAUAGUACCACCCCGACGACCAUGGACGCUUUUGAACUGGCUUUUCUGGGCUUUAUUGCUGCUAUAUCCUUUAUUCAAGCUGCUCAUCAACAUGGUCAACAGUGGAUCAUCACUGACACUGGCUAGUUUUGGAUUUGUCAUUGUAAUGGCUUCUGUUGGUGUCAGAUGGAUGAUAGGUGUUACGGAAAUUAACAAGGGCUCCACCUAUGGCAACAAUGACAACAAGCAGAAAUGAAAGUAGUAUCUUCAGAGACUGCUUCAAUCCAAAGGGAACAAAUGCAACUUCUGAGAACUUUUAAGUGCAUAUCACGGUCCUUCAAGUGAGGUCAGAGGAAGGGUAGGAUGAGCAAUUGCCAUGCAUAUCUGAAUUUGUGCUCCUGUUAUUUUUCUCUUGGGGUUUGGGCUGGAUUACAUGCUUGAAAGGUGCACUCCUUUGUGUAUACUCUCAACAGGUUUGCAUUUGUUUGGUUGGUUUGCUUUCAUAUAAAGUGUCUUAAGUUUUAAAGAAAAAAAAAAUGCAGCGUGCUGGUAUGGUGAGACUCUACCUGGAAACUAAUCAGUGGUUGCUGAGGUGCAGGCUUUAUCUUAACUUGAUCUAAGGAAUGGAUAAAUGUCAGAAGAUUGGUUUAAGACAAUUGAAAUUGAUAGUUGUCUAACUCACAUGUUAACAGUUUAAAAACAGUAAUCUCUCAGUGUUCAAAUAGAAUAAGAUGCUCUGCUUGGUGAUACCAAUAUUGCAACUCUACUGAACUGGCAGGAGUGCAGUAGAGUUUUUUGACAUCUAGAAUUUAUUCCCACAGUAAGCACCACAUUUGAAACUUCAGUCAGACUCGGGCAAGGGGCCCAUUUUGUUAGCCUUGCAGUGGCAUAACCUGGCGUGGAAUUUGGCCCUGCGGCCUGAGCAGAGCUAAGUUACGCACUGCCACAUCUUUCCCCAGGCAAAACGUUAGUGGGAUAGCUGAAACCUGUAAUUCUUUUGAGAAUAAAUGCCAUUUAUAGUUUGGAAAAAAAUAGGUAACAGAUUACUUUCAGCUUUAAACACAGAUUAAAAUUGUAGGCAUUCCUAACAGUGGCGGAAACAGAAAACAACCGGUAUGCUGUAACACAGUAAUGCAAAGCGUGCAUUAAAAGUUACCACCCCACACCCAUACUGUUGUGAACCUAAUUAAUCUGCCUGUCUGUCUUUUCUGAAAAAUUACUUCACAUGGUGGUACCUCGUAACAUUGUCUGAGGUAAUACUUAAAUUAUCUUUUGCUUUUCUUUUGGGGAAAAGAGGCAAGCAGGAGAGAGACCUAGGACAGUGCUAUGGCUGGGAAUUUUUUAAUGCCUGUCUGGACUUGCUUUGUCACCCUUCUGAAUUAAAAUAGGAUCAAAUCCCUUGGGAAAACUGUGUUGCUCUCACAUCCCUAGUACUGAUUCCUGGGCAUCCCCCUCUUGUUUAUAGACUUCAAGAAUUAAGGAUUUGUAUGUUACUGAAAAGAGGUGUUUGUUUUGUUUUGUUCUAAUUUAAAAAUAAAAAGGAAAAGAGGGGACUUCUAUCAGCAGUUUAGGGGAAAAAAAAACUUUUAAAACCAAAAGGUACUGAUAUUGAGUAGCGGGGAGUAUUUUUGACACUUUCAGUGAUGUUACGUUUUCAUUGCACAUGGGACUAAACCAUAGUAAGUCUAGGCAUGAGCAGCCUAUAUGUUUCUAGAAAAGAAAGUGAGCAGUCUUAAAGUAGCAGUUCUAGCAGCUGGUGUAAAAAAAAAAAAAAAAAAAAAAGGCAUUUCUCUUAUGCUAUAAUAAAACUGAAGCCAGAGGUAACAGAGGCCAGUACAACAGAAUGUGAAUCAUUGCAUGAAAUAUGCAUUUGCUGUUCUGUAGCU